AUGGCGAUAGUAAAGAGGGGUGGCCGUUCAAAGGCUAAACAACAACAAGCUCCAGCCAAGGUAAAUGGGCUGAGUGCAGGAGGUAUCAAGAAAGCAGAAUUUGACGUCACCAAAAAGAAAGAGGUUGGGGUGUCCGAUUUGACGCUUUUGUCAAAGAUCACCGACGAGGCAAUCAAUGAUAAUUUACACAAGAGGUUUAUGAAUGACACGAUAUAUACUUAUAUUGGCCAUGUGUUGAUUUCAGUCAAUCCAUUUCGUGAUCUCGGAAUCUACACGAUGGAGACAUUGAAUAAGUACAAGGGUAGAAAUAGGUUAGAGGUUCCGCCACAUGUUUUUGCCAUUGCUGAAUCUAUGUACUAUCAUUUGAAAUCAUAUGGAGAGAAUCAAUGUGUAAUAAUCUCAGGAGAAUCAGGAGCAGGUAAGACAGAGGCAGCAAAGCAGAUUAUGCAAUAUAUUGCCAAUGUAUCAGUUGAUAGUGGAAAUGCCGAGAUUACCAAAAUUAAAGAUAUGGUCUUAGCUACAAAUCCACUUUUGGAGUCAUUUGGAUGUGCUAAAACUUUGAGAAAUAACAAUUCAAGUAGGCAUGGUAAAUACCUUGAGAUUAAAUUCAGUGAGGGAAGCUAUCAGCCAGUGGCUGCUCAUAUCACAAACUAUCUUUUGGAGAAGCAAAGAGUCGUUUCUCAAAUAACCAAUGAAAGGAAUUUCCAUAUUUUCUAUCAGUUCACCAAACAUUGUCCUCCACAAUACCAACAGCAAUUUGGAAUACAAGGACCUGAAACCUAUGUUUAUACUUCGGCUGCAAAAUGUAUUUCUGUAGAUGGUAUUGACGAUGGAAAGGAUUUCAAAGACACUUUGAAUGCAAUGAAUGUCAUUGGUUUAAGUCAAGAAGAGCAAGAUAAUAUAUUCAGAAUGUUGGCUCUGAUAUUAUGGAUCGGUAACAUUUCUUUUGUGGAGGAUGAAAGUGGUAACGCGGCAAUUCGUGAUGACAGUGUGACCAAUUUUGUUGCUUAUCUCUUGGAUGUUAACCCAGAGAUAUUAAAAAAAGCCAUUAUUGAGAGAACAAUUGAAACCUCGCAUGGUAUGAAGAGAGGUUCCACAUAUCACGUGCCAUUGAACAUUGUACAAGCUACUGCUGUGCGUGAUGCAUUGGCGAAAGGUAUCUACAACAAUUUAUUUGAUUGGAUCGUCGAAAGAGUGAAUUUAUCAUUAGGUGGAAAGGAAAAUCAGUCAAACAAAUCUAUUGGAAUUCUCGACAUCUACGGCUUUGAAAUUUUUGAGCAUAAUUCAUUUGAACAAGUUUGUAUCAACUAUGUGAAUGAAAAAUUGCAGCAGAUUUUCAUCCAAUUGACAUUAAAGGCUGAACAAGAUGAAUAUGUUCAAGAACAAAUCAAAUGGACUCCUAUUGAUUACUUCAACAACAAGGUUGUUUGUGAUUUGAUCGAAGCUACCCGACCACAGCCAGGGUUAUUUGCAGCUUUGAACGAUUCAAUCAAAACUGCUCAUGCGGAUUCAGAUGCAGCCGAUCAAGUGUUUGCACAAAGAUUGAGUAUGGUUGGUGCAAACAAUCGUCAUUUUGAAGAUAGACGUGGUAAGUUCAUCAUUAAACAUUAUGCAGGUGAUGUGACGUAUGACGUUGCUGGGAUGACUGAUAAAAAUAAAGAUGGAAUUUUGCGUGAUCUCUUGGAAUUGUUGGGAACCUCUCUGAAUCCGUUUGUCAAUCAAACAUUGUUCCCUCCAGAGUUAUUAAAUGCCUUAAUUGAUACCAAAAAAAGACCCCCAACUGCUUCCGAUAAGAUUAAGACUAGUGCAAAUGCCUUAGUAGAUACGUUAUCACAGUGUACUCCUUCAUACAUUAGAACCAUUAAACCAAAUCAAACCAAGAAACCACGUGAUUACGACAAUCAACAGGUUUUGCAUCAAAUCAAAUACUUGGGUCUAAAGGAGAAUGUUCGUAUUAGAAGAGCUGGGUUUGCGUACCGUUCAACUUUCCAAAGAUUUGUUCAAAGAUUUUAUUUAUUGUCACCUGCCACAGGUUAUGCUGGUGAUUAUAUUUGGCAAGGAGAUGAUCUUACUGCAGUGAAGGAGAUUUUACGCUCUUGUCAUAUUCCUCAAAGUGAGUACCAAUUAGGUACAACAAAGGUUUUUAUAAAGACGCCAGAAACGUUAUUUGCUUUAGAGGAUAUGAGAGAUAAGUAUUGGCAUAACAUGGCUGCUCGUAUUCAAAGAGCCUGGAGAAGAUAUGUUAAGCGUAAGGAAGAUGCAGCUAAGGUUAUUCAGAAUGCUUGGAGAAUGAAAACACAUGGAAAUCAAUACGAGCAAUUACGAGACUAUGGAAAUACUUUAUUACAAGGAAGGAAGGAGAGAAGAAGAUUGUCGAUGCUUGGAUCUCGUGCUUUUAUGGGAGACUAUUUGGGAUGUAACGAUAAAAGUGGGUAUGGAAGAUUUGUUAUCAAUCAAGCAGGAAUUAAGGAUCAUGUGGUAUUUUCUGGAAAGGGCGAAAUUUUGUUGUCAAAAUUUGGAAGGUCAUCAAAGAGGUUGCCUCGUAUUUUUAUAUUAAGCAAGACAAGUUUGUAUGUUGUGGCAGAGGCGUUGGUGGAGAAGAGAUUACAAUUGCAAAAGGAAUUUGUUAUUCCUAUCAACUCCAUCAAGAGUGUUGGAUUGUCAACUAACCAAGACAAUUGGGUUGCUGUAUGUUUACAUACUCCAACAGCUAUGGUUCCUGAUAUCUUCAUCAAUUUGGAUCUUAAAACUGAAUUCAUCACGCAUUUGAAGAAAUUAAACCCAGGGUUGUCAAUCGUUAUUGGUCCAACUAUACAGUAUCAAAAGAAACCAGGUAAAUAUCACACAGUCAAGUCAGUGGCUGGUUCUGGACCACAAAUACCUCCAAGGAGUGACCUUUACAAAUCCGGAACAAUUACCGUUAAUCAAGGACUUCCAGCAAGCAGUAAGAAUCCUAAACGACCAAGGGGUGCCUCCGGAAAAGUUGAUUACAGUCAGUACUAUAACAGAGGUUCCCGAACUGGUACUUCAAGUUACCAAUCUAGACCAGCAGGUACUCAACCAGUGAAACCAUCUUAUUCUCAACCAGCACCGACACAACAUCAGUAUCAAAAUUCUGCUCCAACGCAACCUAAACCUCGUCCUGUGCAUGCGACAUCUCCUACUGCAACUCAUACGAGGAACCAAUCACAUGAUGGCCCUUCUUUGCAAGUUGCAGCUGCACAGGCUGCUCUAGGUCAAGGACAAUACAACAACAACAGAACACAGCCUGCCCAACCUACGUCUCCUAGGAGAUCGCCUGCACCAUCUCGUCCUGCAAAGAAAGUUGCUCCUCCACCACCAACAAAGAAAGCAACGUCACCGCCACCCAAAAAGAAUGUUGCUCCUCCUCCUCCUCCCCCACCACCUGCAUUAUCAAAACCUAAAUUCCCUACUUACAAAGCAAUGUUUGACUAUGAUGGUUCUGUACCAGGGUCGGUUGCAUUGACCAAGGAUACUAUAUAUUACGUCACCCAAGUUAACGGAAAAUGGGGAUUGGUCAAGACCAUGGAUGAAACACAAGAAGGUUGGUCACCAAUAGACUACUUACAGGAAUGCUCUUCCAAUGCAAAUAAUGUUUAUUCAAACUCAAACACAUCCGCUCCUUCAAAUCCCGUCAGCACUGCCAGCUCCAAUACAAACACCACUCAAGCUACAACUGCGCUGAGUGGAAGCUUGGGCAAUGGAUUAGCUGAUGCUUUGAAGGCUAAAAAGACCGAAGAAACUAGUUUAGCAGGCUCGCUUGCAGAUGCAUUGAGAAAGAGACAAGGCGCAACAAGAGACGACAGUGAUGUAGAGGAAGAAGAAGAUGAUGAUUGGUAA